UUUUCAGAGCUCCCUGUUCUCCUGCCCCAGGGAGGGGGCUGGACUGCAUUUUUGAAGCAAGUCAUGUUUUCCUAAGCCUGUUUGCAAGCUAACACAGGAGGGUGGUGGUGAAGGAUAUAGGCUAUGAGCCAGAAGACCCUGCCUUAGCUUUGGCCUGUGUCCUGAACCUUAGCCCUGCCCAUCUGCAACGAAGGGUUCAUGGCCCCUGCCCCCCCACCCCACCCCCGAGCUGUUGGAAGGCGUCUGGGCAGACCAAGUAUGGGCCCGUAAAUAAGUGCUACGUGGAUACAAACGUGAAGGAAGACACAAAGGCGGGAUUGCAAUGCGAAGCGACUGUCGCUUUGCCCCUUUACCGCUACUUGUUCUCCACUGGGAGAAAGUGAAGUGGCUCGCAGUGCACGGGCAUGCUCGCCCUUUGGCCUGGUAUUUAGCCCCCUCCAGCUGACGCCAAAUCGGGGGGGGGGGCACCCAAACCCGAGCUGAGCAGCCCCGCAAUGCCUGCGCUGCACAGGACGGAGAAUCGGCUGGAGGCGCCUGGAGCGCCAUACGUGCGCGGCCAUCCGGAUGAGGCCUCGGGGCGUCCGGAGAGCGGCGCCCUGAGACCCUCGACGGGGCGGCGAGCCCCGCACCCCUCGGGCUCCCGGCCGCGGGCCAAGGCUCUCCCCUCGAGGGCAGGCGCCGCGGCCCCCUUCGAGCCUGCAGAAGCGUCGGGGGAGCGGCCCGCACUUUGGGACGCCGCAACGGCCAAGCGCCCCGGGGAGGGGUUUGCGUCGGGCCAGGGGCCAAAGCGGGGCUCGGCGCUGGCCCGGAGCUGCCCCGGGGGAUCCCGCCGGCCUCGCCAGUCCGCAAAGCCCGGCGGGGCGGGGCAAAGGCGCUCGGCCCCAGCACGCGGCGCCCCUCGGCGGGAGGAGGCCGGCGCAGCUGCCCUUCGGACCCGCGGGGCGCCGAGCGGAGGCGAGCGCGGCCAUCAUGCCGGCGGGACUCCUGGCCUCCCUGGGCGCCUGGCUGCCCGCCGGCCCGAGCCUGGCCUGGGCGGCCGGCCUGGUGGACUCCUUCCUGCAAGGGCUGGUGGGAGCCUGCGGCGUGGCCGUGCUGUUCAGCCUGGCGAAGCUGCACCUCUACCUGCAGUGCCUCAACGACCCCGAGCGGCAGGCGGAGGCGGCGUCGGUCCGCGGCCAGUGGGCCCUCCUGGACGGGCUGCACGUGGCGGUGCUGACCGGGCUGCUGACGGUGGUGGGCGACCGCGUGGCCGCGCUGGUGGUGCUCGAGUUCUCCCUCCGCGCGCUCUCGGCGCUGCUCUCCCGCCGCCAGGGGCCGCCGGGCGGGCAGCUCCUCCUGCUCUGCCAGUACUCGCUGGGCUGCGGCCUCUCGUGCAGCCUGGGCUACCUGCAGGCGGGGGCGCCGCGCCGGACCUGGAACCUGCUGCUGGCCGCGGGCCUGGCCGCCCUCCUGACCCGCUACGCGUGGCGCUUGGCCCGCCACGUCUUGGCCAUGUACGAGCUGCACUGCCAGGGGCGCUACUGCGGGGCCUGCCUCUUCCUGCUGGCCGCCUGGCCCGGCAUCCCCCGGCUGCUGUGCAACGCCCUCGCCGUCACCUUCCUGGUGGCCGACCUGGCCGCCGUGGCCCUCAUCAACCGGGACUUCCUCACCACCUCGGAGGCCAUCCGCUUCUGGACCCCGCUGACCAUCUGCUACACGCUUCUGGUCAUCUACAUGCAAGAAGAGCAGCGGCAGAACCCCCGUGAGCAGAUGGUCUACCAGACGGUCUUUGUGAGGAUGGGGGGCCUGUUGGUCCUGCUGAUGACUGUGGGCAGGUGGACGGACAUCCUGAACGUCUUGAUCUCGCUGACGGGGGAGGUCUGGUGCCUGCUCCGGACAGGAGCCCUGCUGGAG